CUGAGUUGGAGAAAGUGUGGUUGAAAUGGUUGGGUAGUUCGGAAAGCUUGCGCAGUGUACGUGUGCCACGUUGGUAUAAAAUGGGUCCAGGUAUGUCAUGUGCGGAAUUGCAUUGUUUUUGUGAUGCGAGUGUUGUGGGUUAUGGUGCAGUAUGUUAUUUGAGAGUGGUUGUGGAUGGGGUUACAUUUUGUUCAUUGGUUAUGGGUAAAUCACGUGUUACUCCUAUAAAGACUGUAUCUAUUCCCCGUCUUGAACUGUCGGCAGCUACUGUUGGAGUGAAACUUGGUAAGUUGGUGGCUGGUGAGUUGACAUGUAAGCUGCACCGAAUCGUGUAUUGGACAGACUCGACUUCAGUAUUGCAGUUUCUAAAUAAUCCUGGGCGACGGUUCCAGACAUUCGUGGCCAAUAGAUUGGCCAUUAUCAAUGAUCUGUCACAUACAAAGCAAUGGAGGUAUGUUGACACGAAGAACAACCCUGCGGAUCUUGCAUCUCGUGGGUUGAUGCCAAAUCAGAUCGAAAAGGCCAGGCUCUGGUUUGAGGGUCCUCCGUUUCUACUGAAGAAUGAAGAUGAAUGGCCUAGACAAUUGGUGAACUUUCCGUCAAGGCCAGAUGAAGAAAUUGAAUUUAAACCAACCUUCAAAGUCAAUACUGUGGUGGGAACUAUAUUGCCGGUCUGUCUGAAGAGGUUGAUUUGCCAUUACUCCACUUGGGUACGGCUACUCCGUGCGGUAGCAUGGUUAACACGAUACAAACAAUAUUUGAGAGGAAAUAUUCCUAAAACUACAAGAUUGAUGGGCGAUCAACAAGCAACAGAUCGAAUUCUGAUGGUGGAUGAGUUGCGGCAAAGCGGCUUUGAUGUGGUUAAGUUGGUGCAAUGGGAAAUGUUCCCUGAGAUUGUGAACGGGUUGGAAGAUCGUUCGUCAUGCAGAGAAGCGCUCAGGUAUAAGGCUAUAAAAUGCAUUAAAUCUCCCUCUCUUUCAUUACAGAGACUACAGCCAAUAUUGGUAAAUGGCAUUUUGAGGGUCGGUGGCCGCUUGCUAGAGGCGGGACUGGAGGAGGAUAGUCGCCAUCCUAUGAUCCUACCAAGUCAUCACCAUGUUACAGACUUGAUCAUCCAAUAUUAUCAUGUGAAAGCUGGUCAUUGUGGGACCCAAUACGUUUUGGGGUUGGUUCGUGAGAUGUACUGGAUAGUUCAUGGACAUUCGGCAGUAAGACGGUAUCUCAAAGAGUGUCGGCCAUGCAGGCGAUGGAAAGCUAAGGUGGGAGAACAGGUGAUGGCACCGCUUCCCAAGUGUAGAGUGGUUGCAGGGAAUGCUCCCUUCACUGCUACAGGGGUUGAUUAUAUGGGCCCGCUUCUAGUCAAGGUUGGUCGUAGUCACGUGCAACGCUAUGCUUGCGUUUUUACUUGCAUGGCAACGCGGGCAGUGCAUCUCGAGGUGGCCAUCUCCUUGGAGACCAGUGCAUUUCUGAAUGCUCUGUCUCGUUUCUUGCAUCGUCGGGGUUCGACAGCGAACUGUCGGAUGAUUCGUUGCAUUCUUUUUUGGUCGAAGUAGAAUCUAUCCUUAACCAUCGACCUUUGACCCCAAUAAGUGACGAUGUGAAGGACUUAGCUACCCUGACCCCAAUGAUGCUACUAACUGGAAGUGUGGCUCAGUCAUACCCAUCGGAUGUCUUCAUCGAGGCUGAUGGUUAUCGGGAGUCGUGGCGGGCGGUGCAACUAUUGUCGGAAAGGUUUUGGCAGAGGUGGGUACGAGAGUACUUACCGCUGCUACAGCAACGCCAAAAGUGGUUGCAGCCCAAGCGAAAUUUAGCGGUGGGGGAUAUCAUGCUGAUGAAAGGCGAAACAGCCAGAGGGCAUUGGCCGAAAGCAGUAGUUGAAGAAAUACUCCCUGAUAUGCAUGGAGUAGUUCGAAGGGUUCGAGUUCGAAGCAAGGAUGGUGUCUAUCUAAGAGACAUUCGAAAACUUUGUUUGCUAGAAUCCGCUUAGAAUUGUUUAUAUAUUUGUUUGUUGGGUAUAUAUUGUAUUGUUGUGUGACAUUCGUGUUGUG